UUUUUGGCUGAAAGUCAAAUGGUCCAUUUUCAGCAAGUCUCUCAACCUCCUCCUUAGUCGGCUCGGGUUCGGGGGUCUGGCCACCUUGACAAUAGGAUGUCUUUUGCGAGCACUAUUCAGUGCCAAGGAAAUGCCUCUUUGGAUGUAUCCAUCUGGGGCUGAUGCUGGCUCAUAAGCAAGCGUAAACAAAGAGCAGCAUCAGCCUUUCCUCCCGGACCCUCCGCUCCUAUCCAAAAUAGGUCGGCUUCCACUAGUUCCGUGGAGCAGCCAGCUCCGCCAGCCAAACCUUACAUAGCCCUCCUUCAGCUAGAGGGGGAGCUAAAACGUCUUAUCAACGAGAGAGAUUAUAGACUUCGUGGAAAAUAAAUUGGAAGACCUGGGCAGCCACGGGGUCAAUUUUAUGAGCAAGCGCUACGCCUGUUAUGGAAUGAACUCGACAUAGAUCAGAGUACGAGUCUGGACGAACUUCAAUACUGGAGGGAUUCACUAAGGGAAAAUCCCCCAACAAUACAAAUCCUUUUUUGGCUUCUAUAAGCCCGGGGGGAUUUUUUAUGAAGGGAAUACACCUCUUGGUUAUAAGACCUACUACUAAACAAAGGUGGAAAAGCCAGGAUGAGAACUCCACUACUUAAUCUACUGGGGUGGUUAUUAGGUACAUUCCGUGGCGCUGUUGGAUGCUUCUGAUCAAUAGAACAGGAAGAGGAGGAAAAAAAAGCUUAUGAUGAGCAUCUAUUUGAGUCGAUCAUUUCCAAGAUGUAAUUCAAGUUUAUUCUUAUGUAGUGGAAAUGCCUUACAAUCUGAAGUUUUACGCUUAGGGGAAGACAUGUUCUUGGUGGAUGCAGGACCUGGGACCCCCAGAAAUUGUAUGCAAGAUGAGCCUACAAGAGUGCCAAUCAACCGAGCCACCAGGUUUGAGAAUAAGGUGGGAUUCCUGGAUCUAGUGGCCGGUGAAUCACUGAUCAAAAAGAAGAUUUUGGAGAGAUUAUUCAUCGAUCUAGUGGCCGGCGAAUCACUGAUCAAAGAGCGAGCAGCCGCUAGGUUUAAUGAUUUGGUGGGAUCCACAGAUGUAGUGGCUGGUGAACCGCUUCUUCUUCUUCCACGAAGAUUCAGACAAAACCGAGCUUGGAUGAAACUGAACAAGAUUUGGCGAACGAAUACAAAGGUAAAAGGCUUUAUUAUUGAUAAAGUCAAAGGAGGUUAUUCAGUAGCCAUCGCGGGUUUCAUUACUUUUCUUCCAUUCCGUUCUCACAACAAAAGGAAAAAAAGGAAGAUAUCGAAUGAUCGAUUCACCAUUGAGAGCAUUAACCCCAAAAGGACGAAUAUUGUGGUGUUCUAACAGCGGCAGAUCAAACAAUAACUUGAUGAGCUAAAUCUGCUGACGAAAAAAGUGCAGUUUUUUUCAAUUCCGAAGCGAAACCUAGCGUCUCCUGAUAACACUCUAUCACCUUAAUCCAUUCUUUUGUUGAGGGUCUGGCACUUAUUACAGGCCGCUCUGUCAUUGUCUUAUUUUUGGUUGUCUGAUCACACUCGCAAUUAUGUAUCUACUUAUCGUAUUUUUGCCCCUGCUUGGUAGUUCUGUAGCAGGUUUUUUCGGACGUUUUUUAGGAUCAGAAGGAACCUCUAUAAUGACCACUACGUGCGUUUCAUUCUCUUCGAUCUUAUCUUUGAUUGCUUUUUAUGAAGUCGCACCGGGAGCUAGUGCUUGCUAUCUAAGAAUUGCUCCAUGGAUCUCAUCGGAAAUGUUUGAUGCUUCUUGGGGCUUCUUUGGCGACCGUGAAGUCACCAGAUGAAUUGCCGAGUAGAUAGAUCAGAUCUGGACGCGGCUGUUGCUCCGCGGCGAUACAGACUCGACCGGCUCCUACCCCCCGAGGGGCACCAUAGCAUGUCGGGAAUAAGGGGGGACAUACUGCACGUAACCACUCCCUUGGUUGGGGGCUGUGCCGCCCUGCCUUUCGAUCGAUACACAGUUGAGUAGGCCGAUCACAAACGCAACUGGUGUGGGAGCGAUCCUGGUCAGGGAAGGCUAAGACGGCGCCUCACAUAUGGGUAGCAAAAGGGCGCUUAUGCCCCGACGGUGGGGCCUUAUGGGGAAGGGCCCAGCCCAAUAGGGACAACACACCCCCCACUUCAAGCGCACCUCUGUAUCGACUGAAUCACUCUAAGAGUCUAGUCGGUGGAACCGGUGAACCACGCGAGCUGGUUAGAUGCGUGGGGCAGAGGGCUCGUAGUACCCCCUUUUCUUGAUCCAACCUUUUCUUCGCUUCGGUAGUGAAUCACCUACUAAAAAAAGAGGCAUGCCUGCACGCCCUAUUUGAGACUACUAAGGUAGGCGGUGGACUCUUUCAUUAGGGAAGAAGGGGCCUAAGCACGGCGGAUGCCGUACACUUGAGUGGCAAAGGAAAGGUAUGAAGUAACUUGACUGAUAAGGAGAUGGAGUCAAUACCUCUUUUUCCAGGCCUGUUCAGACAUAAGGUUCCCGCAGAAGAUCAAGUUGGUGAGUCGUGUGAUGGGAAACCUUCCCGCACGGUUCAGAGAGCACUUAAUUAGAAUGAGAGGUUCACCACCACAUCAUUGCAUGCAAGGGGAGCUCGCUCGAUUCUCAAAUUGGUCCGACUCGUAAUUAACUUCUGACUCC